AUGCCCAUGAGGCCCGCCGCCUUUCUGGAGGUGUACGUGGACCAAUUAGAGGGGCUUGAUCUCAGCGCCCUUUGCGCCGCGAAUCGCGUUAGCGGUGCGUCGCUGUGCGUGCGGCUGACGGUAACAGCGGGCCACAGAUGCUUAGGAGUGGCACAAACGAAACCCGUGAAUCCCGGAGAAAGCAGUUGCGUCGUGUUCAACGAGCUUCUUCAGAUCGCAAUAUUCGAGCAGCACGUGGACAUACGCGUUGGAGUAGUUUCCGCAGAGGAGUCGAUCGCUCUCCACCGCACCGACAGUCAGACUAAUGAUCUCACAGGGGCUUUCCUCGCGGCGGCGCAGCUGCCUACGUCAGCCAUGGCGUCAGCAUUGAUCGAUGGGAGUCGCUGCGACGCAGACACCCCUGCGACUUCAACGCUCUGGACGGCGCCGGAUACGGCGCCAGUCGCGGCGUGGGCUCUUUUUGAGCAGCAGAAUUGGCAGAGGGCGCGGCACCCGGCCGCUCUCUCUCUUGACAGCAGCAGAGGAGCGGCAGGGGGAGCGGGUGCUGGAGGGGCAUGUUUGGGCGGAGUGUUUGACAAGGGGGCGCGCAUGGGGUGUUUUGCGGGGUUGGCGGAUCCUCUUUGGCAGCGAGGCUUAUCGCAGGCGAGCGGCGACGACGACGACGAUGACGAAGUGUCGUCCACGUUUCGAGGCGACGGUUCGCUGUCGCACGUACCUGAGCUUGCAGGAGGGGUAGUGUCCAUGGGCGGAGGGCGGGCGCAGGCGUGCGCUUCCCCCACACGGAGCUCCCAGAUACCGCGCAAGUCAGUAGGCAGAGAAGCGGAGAACGCGGAUAUGGCAGUGGACCUUCUUCUUAACGAGCUGCUAGACGCGCAAACGCUGGCGGAACGCGCGGAGGAUUGCGGCGGCGCAACGGGGGGCGGAAGCGUGGAUGGCGCAGAGGAGGGCCAAGGGGAGUUUUGCGGUGGAGCGGAAGAGGGGGAAGGGGAAUCCUGCGGGGGGUUCUGCUGCAGGGGGGAAGCACGGAAGGGCAGGUGCGCGCUGAGCGUGUCACGCCUGUCGCUUCCAUGCGACUUUGACACAGAGGGCGAUUGUGUUGGCGACUGUGACGGCGACUGUGACGACGACUGUGACGGCGACUGUGACGACGACUGUGACGGUGACUGCGACGGUGCGUGUGACGACGGCGGCGACGAUUACGACGGGGAGAAACCACACGACUGGGCUGAGGAUGUCACGGAGAUGCAAGAGGAGGUAAUUCGCGAGUAUUGCCAGCACCACCACCAGCGCCAGCAGAAGCAGCGUGAGCAGGAGACGCACAAGCUAGAGAUCGCUCUGGUCACCUUCAAUCUUCCCACUCUGCCCCUCUAA